AAAGUCUUUAACAUCUAAUUCCGACUUAUAGCAAAAUUACUCCUCUCCUGAACAUACGAAGGCAAAGCGAGAAAUUUUUAACUUUUUUAAUUUUUUUGGAACUGAGAGAGAGUCUUGUUUGGGAGCACGAAAUUGUUCGCCGGAAAAACGCAGUUCUUAAACUCGGAGGAAAUCGGCGAUUCUUCGGAUUUUUUUUGUCUUCAGACUCUCCCUCUACUUUCUCCUCCUCCGCCUCAUCAUCAUCAUUGGGUAUAUAGACUCCUUAAUAAUAUAGCAGCAGUUCAUUCCUCAACGGAGAGUUGGGGCUUCUUCAAAGAUGGCAAACCGUCCUACUCGGACACGGGGACUAACGCUUCAACAUCAGCAGCAACAGUCAAGGGCUAGGUGGACAACACAUCUUACUGAAAUACUUGUAAACUUAAUGGUGGAUCAAGUACACAAAGGGAACAGAAAAAAUCAUAAUUUUGGCAAGAAAGCAUGGAAGUAUAUGUGUGAUGAGUUCCAUAAGAGAACAGGUCUGAAAUGGGACAAGGAACAACUGAAGAACCGAGGCGCAGUUUUGAGGAGGAUCUAUGUUACAGUUACUUCACUUCUUGAUCGAAGUGACUUCAGUUGGGAUGAAUCCACAGGAGCUAUUGUAGCCAGUGAUGAAGUGUGGGCUGAAUAUGUCAAGGAACAUCCUGAUGCCGAGACUUUAAAAGUCAGUGGCUGCCCAAUUUAUAAAGAGCUGUGCACUAUAUUUUCAGAACCACCAACAAACGGGAAACAUGACCAUCCAGCUGAACAUGAGGGUGGGGAUCCAAAAUCUCGUCCACUGGAGCAAGAAGUGUCCUCAUCAGAUUCUGAGGAAGCAAAUGACGCCGUCAAUGAUCAAGAAACAAUUCAACCUAGUACACCUAGCACUACUGGCAUCCGUAAAAGAGGGCGCAAGGGUAUUGAUGAUGCUAUUGCAGGAGCUAUAUUGGAGAUGGCAGCUGCAUCAAAGCUGAGGACAGCUGCUACACAGCAACAUAAUGCUAGAUACACCAUAGCUAAUUGUAUUGCAGAAUUGGAUAAGAUGCAAGGUGUUGAUGAGCAAGUCUAUUUUGCUGCGCUUGAUCUGUUCAACAAACCCAUUGCAAGGGAGGUGUUCUUGUCUCUCAAAGGUGAAAAACGCUUGAUUUGGUUGCUUAGGAAGUGCACAUCAGAUCCCGUUCUCUAGAUUGAUUGAUAAAAAAACUUUCAUGUAAUUUUGAUCUUUAUCUUAUCUGUGUUGUGUGAAUAUUGGCUUUGUAUAUAUAUUCAGCAGCCUGGUUUUACUUUUAA